AUCUCUGGUGGUUUGUGAUGUUGCUGAAGACCUGGUGGAGAAACUGAGAAAAUUCCGGUUUCGUAAAGAAACCAACAACGCUGCCAUUAUAAUGAAAAUCGACAAGGAUAAGCAGUUGGUGGUACUGGAUGAGGAGCAUGAGGGUAUUUCUCCUGAUGAACUAAAAGAUGAGCUGCCCGAGAGACAACCUCGAUUUAUUGUGUAUAGUUACAAGUAUCAGCAUGAUGAUGGAAGAGUUUCUUAUCCGUUGUGCUUUAUCUUCUCCAGUCCAGUUGGAUGUAAGCCUGAACAGCAGAUGAUGUAUGCUGGAAGCAAGAAUAAGCUUGUACAGACAGCUGAACUCACUAAGGUAUUUGAAAUAAGAAAUACAGAAGACCUAACUGAAGAAUGGCUGCGUGAGAAACUGGGCUUCUUCCAUUAAGAAAACCUCUGUAAUAAGUAUUUAUGUACCAUCCUGAUAAUACUGGAACCAGACAUGAAUAAUUACAUCUAAAAAAAUGCACUGUAUUUACAUCUGUUUCCUGCAGUAUAUCUCUUGUGCAAAGUUUGUGCAAAGAAUAGCAGGUCUGUCUCCUUGAAGUAACCAAUCUUUGCAGGUGCUUCCUUAUUUGUACCUGUUAAAAGGGAAUACUCCUCUGCAGGGACUCCUUUUGCACUCUUGUGACUAAUAUUUCUAUAACUAAAAUAGUUCGGGUUUGGAUUUAUAACUAUCUACAAACAUAAUCUGGAAGCUGACGCUAACUUUUUUCUGAGCUACAAAUGCAUCCUUAUGACACAUACUAGCCAUUUAUAUGCAGAAAUUGUGUACUGUCACUUACUUUUGAGACUUUUUGACUUAAUGUCUUCUCAAUUUUGAAAACUAUUCCCUGGAAGCGUUUAGUAUCAAAAAGACAAACUCCUUGUACAGCAAAUCUCUACGUUUAUCUUUGAGUCCGUGUGAACUUACUCAAAUUCUUGGAACUCAUUUUUGUCAUUCCAGUCGUUCCUCAGUUGACUGAGUCAAUCUUACUAAAUUUCAGGGCAAAUUUGACUGUGCAGUUCUCGUGCUAACGCAGUCUUACAGGAACUAGGUGAUAACUAAGGGCUGAAUUACAACUCUGGUUACUCUUGUGCCAGAUGUCUUGCAUAUAUAACUUACUACACUGUUAAAAAGUUUACCUCUUUGCUCAUUUCCUGUUAAAAGAACACCUGUUAAUACUGUGUGCCUUUAAUUUGUUAGCUUUAAAAUUACUUGAGAAUUUUACACUGCCACUUAGUACAAAUUUGGUAAAAAAAAAAACCUUUGUGAAAGCAUCCAAGUAACCUUUUUUCCUAGUGCCUAGUGUUGCAGUUGACAUCUGUAAAGGGAAAGAAAAAAGCUAACCUCAUUUUCUUUGAAAUUCCAGUCAUCUGCUCCAUUUGCAGGAGUCAGGAGGUUAAAGCUUUUCACAAUAAUGAAUGAUUUGUAUCUCUUUUGUUAUAAAAGUUGGCCACACGUAGCUUUUGAGUACUUUAAUUACAGUCUCUAACUUUCUUAACUUCUUGUUGGUCAAAAUUACAUUCCAGAUAAAGCUUUUGCAUAAGUGAGAAUUUGAGUUUCAUUUACUUACAGUUCAUCUCUUUGAAACAGCAAAUAUUCUAAUGUGAAAAUAGUAUUUAACUUUUAUAAAUGACCAGUCUUUUUACAGGUCUGUUUUAUAUUCGCUAGAGUAGUUGCCUGAUAUGGGCCGUGUCCAGCCCAUGCAGCAGCAGCAGCAGGAGGACUCAUGUGACAAUAUCUCACUAUCUUGAGUGUUUGUUUUGCUACUGAACAAGUGUCUGCGUAAGAGCAGCUUCCUGUUGAUAAUGUACCUUAAAAUACAGCUGCCCUAACAAAUCUGUUCAGUGGGAAGGAAUUCAGUGUUAAAUUUUUGGGCCAGUAUUUCAUGCUGUGAAACCUUUGCUGAAAGGAGGUUUAUUUUUUUUGUUUGUAAACAUGUGUUAGUGGUAAAACACUAAUUCCUCUAAGAUCACAAGGAAUUCAUUUGCAAAGGGUCCUCAGUGUUGGUAAAUCUCUUCUUAGUAUGGUGUUACUGCUCAUUUAUUUGUCUACAAAUCUGACUCGAGAGGAGCUUUUCAAAAUACAUGUUAGAAUGAUCCAAUUAAAUUGAUCUUUUCAGUGCGGGAAAGAAAUGCUUGUAAUUAAAUUUCUGUGUUAAUGUAGUGAACUGGAAAAACAAUUUUAUUUCCCUGGACAAAAAAAAAAUGUUGAUUAUGAAACAGUUGCUUGAUCAUUCUGUACUACGGAUCAAUAAAAACGAUGUAUCCUGUGA